UUGAUGUCUGUAACAAAGCCGCGAAUUCCGAUCGUCACGCAAAUACUGAGGCUGAAAGAUUUAACAACUAUAUCACUAUUUCGUGUACAGAAUGUUUCUCUGGGACUGGUGUGAACCGAUGUUCUCGUAUUUAUUCUCCAAUAGCGAAGACAUGACUUGAAAUGCAUAACACGCUUGUGUGACGUAAAAAUUUCACUCCGAAAGAAUUAUUUGGUAUUGUGAUAUAAUUAAUUAAAAAUAAAAGUUGCUUACUUCUUGAAGCUGUUAGGUUUAUCAGUCACGAUAAUGUCAUUAUACUUCGAUUACAAAGUACAAAACCCUGAUUUAGCAGCUAUAAACUUGGGUGUGGACUGGCAUCAUCAGCAUUCGCUGCUAGCAGUCUCAUCAUACAGCGAAAGCAAAGGAGGAUUUGUGAGCAUUUACGAUGAACUGGGUGAAGCAUUACCUGAUAUCAGCUGGCCAUCUCAUCCAAUGGCUCAGGUCACAUCUCUUGCUUGGCAUCCACUACGUAAAGCACUUGUAAUUGGUUGGGAAAAUGGAGAGCUUCGUGUGUGGGGUGGUGGUGAUCCAGAAUUUGUAACAGUUCAGUCACCACAUCAGGCACCUGUCACAGUGCUGCAGUGGAGCCAUGCAGGGGGACGACUUGUUUCUGCUGAUGCGGCUGGUGCAUUAUUGGGCUGGAAAAUGGACUCACGAGGCCAGUUGCUGUCUGUUUUCCAUGUGGAAAUGCGAGAACCUUUGGGCCAUGUCACUUUUCGGCGUCCAGCCCCAGGUGUUGACAUCACCGGAUUAGCAAAAGCAGCAGUGGCAGGUGAUGAACAUGCACUUGAUCUCUUAAGUUCUUGGAGGCCACGCACAGCUGGAGCCAGAACAAGUAUACAGGGUGCACAGCCUGAGAGCCUUUGCUUUUAUAUUGGUUCAUUUUCAGGAAAGAUAUUCCACUGUAAUGAAGAGGGCAUAUGUAUGGAAGUGUUGAGUACAGAUGGAUCACAACUGCGAAGAGUAUUGCACCAUGAGCAUUUACCACAACUUGCAGUCCUAACUGAUGUACCUAGUCUUGGACAUUUCUCUUGUGAACCAUCUGGGCAGCUCUCCGAAAUCGUCAAAGUGAAACUAGUAGGAAGACCUCAGGAUGCGUGUGCAGAGUGGGCUGGUCCUGGAUUGGUUGCCGUGGCAGCUGGUGAUGCUACGGUUCGUCUCUGGGACUUGGCAUCAGGGGAAAGUUGCAUUUUAUCUGCAGAUGCGACUGGCACUGUAACCUCGAUUGCUUACUGUCCACAGAAAGUGCUGCUCUGUGCGGGGACGUCUCUUGGACAAGUGCUGAUGUGGCGACGCACUACUACUGAUGCUGGCAGUGGAGGGGCUACUGGCAGCUCUGGUGCAGAUUCUGACAGCUGGAUAUUACUGCGAGGAUGUCAGCUGCAUGGUUCCAUCAAACAGCUUUCAUGGGGUGGCACUUUGCUUGCUGCCAAUACAAUUACAACAGUGUUCAUUUUGCGAGAGCAGCGGUUGUGUGCAGCGUACACUGACACAGUAUCAGCAGUACAGAUAUCUCCAAAUGUACUGCAAGUACAGACACUUCCACCUGCACCUAUGCACUACAUGGAACUGAAAGUUGAUCUGCAAGUAUCUGGUGUAGCUGUGUCAUCACAACACAUUGCUGCUUGGAGUGCACGAACACUUGCUGUUUACCAGUUGUUACCACCCAGUGAGGGUGCUACUUCUGUUACGGCUGCUAAUAUGGCUGCCAAGUCUGUUGCAACAUUUGCAUGUGAAGUGGACACUUGCGUUUUGUAUGAAGAAAAUCUGGUGGUACUGUCAGUGGGUGCUAAACUAGACAUCCGCACCUUACACGGCACUAUAAAGCAAACCCUAUCUCUUGGGGCAUCAGAAGGUCAGCCAAUUGUCAUGUCACUCUGUGGCUCCUUUCUGACUGUUGCUUCAUCUCUAGGAAUCGUGCGUCUCUGGAAUUUGUCACACAGAGAGGCUAAGCAGCAUGGGCGUUCUCGAAAUUUGGAUGAUGAGCUCCCUGACUUUGGAGAGGUCAUGCUUGCUUGCAGUAACUGCACUGGCACACGGGUCUCCAUCACUGUAGCUAGAUCAAAUUUCCAACCUGACCCUCGUUUGUAUGUGUGGGACAUGGAAGCCGACACACUUUCCUGUUAUGAUACAGAUCUUGGUCGAAUGGACAGUUUAGGCAGUAAUGAAGAGCCUAACAGCCUUCCAGUGAUGAGUGGUGAUUCAGGAGUCUGUGCUGAGAUAAGGGGUCGUCUAGUUGUUGUACACUGCUGGGAUUGUGAGGAACCACGAUUACUAGUGUGUCAAGCAAAACGUAUACCACGUUCAAAAGAAGCUACUCCAGGUAGAGCAUCUUCAGCAACGGUCUCUGUAACUUCUGCUCAUGAAAAUUCUGCCCCAUCCAUCCCCAAGGAAGAUGUUUUGGUUACAUUUUUCUCAACAGAUGAAUCUGCACUUGUUCUGCAUGAUGUAAUAUCUCUGAAAUCUGAAUUUUCUAUUCUACUUGGAGUGCGCUGUCCGCAUUACAUCUUGCUGAGAAGUUCUGAUUGUACUCAGGAGCAGCAACCAGUUGAUACAUUGCUGAUGCGUGAUUUUGAAGGCCUGAGUGACUGUGAUAGGACAACUCGUGAUGCCAUACUUACUUUUAGUUACCAGUUGAGUGCCGGUAAUAUGGAUGAGGCCUUCCGCGCUAUUAGGGCUAUUCAAAGCGAAACUGUGUGGAGCAGCCUUGCUCGUAUGUGUGUGAAAACUCGGCGCCUUGAUGUCGCAUGGGUAUGUUUGGGUCACAUGCAACAUGGUCGUGCAGCUUUUAUUUUGCGCCAAGCAGCCAGUGAACCAGAACUGGAAGCCAGGGUUGGAAUUCUGGCCCUGCAACUUGGUCUCAGGGAUGAAGCAAUGCAACUUUUCAGGCAGUGUGGUCGACAUGAUCUUGAAGCACGUGCAUUGCGCAGUUUGGGCCAGUGGGAGGAAGCUCUUAAAGUGACGGAACAACAUGACAGAAUUCACUUACGUAACAUGCGCCAUCGGUAUGCACUGAACUUAGAGGCACGUGGUGACAGGCGAGCUGCUCUGCAAGCGCUAGAACGUGCUGAUACCCACCGAAGUCAUGCUCCAAGGCUGCUUACUGAUAAUCCUCGUGCUCUUGAAGCAUAUGUACUUCGUGACAGAGAUCCGCAACUACUUCGUUGGUGGGCACAGUACCUGGAAAGCAUGGGCCAGUUGGAUGAAGCACUGUCUCUGUAUCGUGAAGCAAAUGAUUUCUAUUGUUUGGUACGUGUACUGUGCUUUCGUGGUGACCUGGAUGGAGCAGCAGAGGUUGCUCAAAGCUCUGGAGACCCUGCUGCCUGCUAUCAUUUGGCCCGGCAGCUAGAGUCUCAAGGGCAGUCAACAGAAGCAGUUGGAUUUUAUUCUCGAGCUCAUGCUUACAGCAAUGCUAUCCGUAUCUGCAAAGAACAAGGCCUGGAUGAUCAGCUCUGGAACCUUUCAUUACUAGCAGGACCUCGAGACCAACUUGACGUAGCCCGAUACUUUGAGAAGAGCUUUCCAGACCGGGCAGUUCGUCUUUAUCAUCGUGCUGGGAUGAUACAUCAGGCUGUUAACCUUGCAUUCAGAACACAGCAGUACAAUGCUUUGCAGUAUAUUGCUAUUGAUCUGGAUGCUAAAUCUGAUCCUGAAUUGGUACAAAAAUGUGCUCAGUUCUUUUUUGAAAAUAAGCAAUAUGAAAAAGCUGUUGACCUCUUGGCGGUGACAAAGCAGCAUGUAGAAGCGUUGGAGCUGUGCCUGGAACAUAAUGUUCCUGUGACAGAGGAACUUGCAGAGAAACUGACCUUGGCAAAAGGGGAAACUGAUGAAGCAACAAGAGUGCAUGUUCUAGAGAAGGUGGCAGAGUGUGCUAUUGUACAAGCAAAUUAUCAUCUUGCUGCUAAAAAGUUUCUGCAAGCUGGAAGCACUGUGAAAGCUAUGAAAGCACUUCUGAAAUCAGGUGAUACUGAACGUAUUAUCUACUUUGCAACUACAUCACGACAACGUGACAUCUACGUAAUGGCAGCUAAUUACCUUCAGUCAUUAGACUGGCAGUCUGAUCCAGAAAUUCUAAAGAAUAUAGUUGCUUUCUACACUAAAGGUCAUGCUUAUGAUCUGCUUGCAAAUUUUUAUGUCGCUUGUGCCCAGGUAGAGGUUGAUGAAUAUCGUAAUUAUGAGAAGGCAUUAGGUGCUUUGGGAGAAGCAAGCCGCUGCUUGGCCAGAGUUACUAAUCCAAAAGACCCUUCACAGCAUGAGAGAGCAGUGGAAACAGUAACGCAGCGAGCAGCACUUGUCAAGCGCUUUAUAGAUGUGUUGAGAUUAUUUGCCCGUGGUGAGAAAGAAACAGCAGAAACACAGUGUACAUCAUUAAUACAUCAAAUAGAAGAAGGGCCAAGUCCGGAGGGUCCAUUGAGAAGAGGUGAUGUUCUUGCAGCUGUGGUAGAAGAUAGGGCCGCACGACAAGACUGGAAUGGAGCAAGGAACAUACUGGAUCAGAUACGGCAGUUAACAGGCGAUCCACCAGCACGUUAUGUGUCAAUCAGUACACUAGAAGCAAUUGCAAAUGGACUAGGUUUACCCUCUCCACGUACACAGUCUGUUCAUGAAAUAGGAGAUGAAGAAGUUGAGGAAGAAGAAGGACUGGGCACGGGUGCAAGGCCUGGCACUAGCUAUGCAAGUAGUUAUGGGUAUCCACUGUAGUCACUGAACUAUUCUUACAAAUAGAAUCUGCUUGUUGUGUAAUAUAUGUUAUCAUUAAAUUUUAUAGUUACUAUAUCUUGCAAUAAUGUGUGCGUCAGAAGAAAGCUGCUGGUUACAGCCCUUACUGGAAGGAAAAUCCAGCAGUAAUGUGAUAUUUUCUGUUACCCCAAAAAUAAAGUUAUGUUCCUUUGCUUUGACUGUGUGAUUCCAUGUAAAAUCAUCUGCUUAGAUAAUUUAAGAAUUAUCAUUCCGUACAAAAUUUUAAUGUGCAAUACUUUUAGUGAAGUUAUGUUCCUUUCACUGGAUGAUUCAACGUGAAGUAAACUUCUAAGAUAAUUCCUAAAUUAUCAUUUUGUACAAAACUUAAAUGUGCAAUACUUUUACUAUAAGUUUAAUGAAUUUGGUCUCAAACACCUUACAUUAAUGCAACCUAUGAUGGCAUUUUGAAAGGCUUCAUUCAAGGCAUUACCCUGUCAGAAUAAUUUCUUUAUCCUUUUGCCGUACCUAUUGAAGCGGGUAAUGUUAGUCAAUAAUAUUCCUAGCCAGUAGCCAUUUUCAGUAAAUGUUAUGUAUUUCCAACAAAAGUUUCAUGUCAGUACAGAUACACUUCUGUGUUUUAAAGUGGAUGUCAAAAUUUCUGUUAGAAAUUUGCAGCUCACCUGUGUGUUCUUCACUUGUAAAGUGGUGCUCCCAUUGUAAUUUUGGCUGGGCUCUUAGACUUUUGUAAUGAUUAUUUUUGUCAUGCGUGGUAAUUACUGCCUGCAGUUCUUUUCUCAUCUGUUCUAUUUUGUGACAUUUUCAUUUUACAUCUUAUUUUAUGUUAGGUUAUCAAGAACACCAUAAAAGUGAACAGUCAUUAAAUAUGCAAACUUCUAGACCCUUGAUGUAUCAUUAGAAAAUGAAAGUUAAUGUGCUUUCCGUAUCACUCUAGUGAGGAGUUAGUUUUAUUUUUAAGUGUUCAUCUCUUGCCUGUCUCAGUAUGUUUUACUGAAAGUGGUUUUAACAAAACAAUAUAUUCUCAUAAAGCAGCCAUAUGUUUAAUCACAUAUAUUGAAUAUGUUGUGUUUUUUCAUCCUUUUCAGGUUUUAGACAUUCUGUUGUAGUCUUUGAGCUUUUACUUCAUAGGAACUCCUUUGUUUUAUUAUUAUUAUUAUUAUUAUUAGUAGUAGUAGUAGCAGUAUUGAAGCUUGAAGUAGACCCUAUCACAGCUGCUUCUAGUUUUGUCAGUGCUUUGAUGCUCAUUCCAGUACUACAUUCAUCAAUGCUUUUCAGAAAUAUUCUUAAGUGUAUCUUGUAAUACUGUAAUGCAACCAAUCAUUACAUCCUUAUUUGUAGAUUAUCCCACAUAGUUCCUGCUAUGACUGCAUGUAUAUGGAUUAGAAAUCCAACCUCCUUUCAAUGAUUCCAUGAUAUUCUUGCUUCUUGAUUUUACAGAGAUGGAGGAAGUCAUCAGUAUUAAUUCUGUGUCAGUAAAAAGUAACAUUGCUCUUCUUAAUUGUUUAGUAAGUUUACAUAAAUUAUGAAAUACACAUCCAUGUGAUAUACAUUCUGCCAGAAAGCAUUUUAACUAGCGUAUCUUAGAAUACAAUCACUAAGUUGAAUGUACCUGAUAGUAUGUAACUUUUGUUGGUUAGAGUCUGAGUAUACUGUGAUUUACGUAAUUGUUUGUAAUAAAGUACAAGCUUCAUUUAUCAAAAUAUUUUACUCGUUUUAGCAUGUAAUAUUCUUCUCAGUCAACUACUUAUCUUCUGUCAAUCAUUUGAGUAAUGUAUUAUGGUAAUCUCAAAACAAAGUAUUUUUAUCACAUUUUUAUUAUCUUGAAUGGUUUCUUGCAUACUAAAGUCAUUGUUUCAUUGUAGAGACAGUAAGUCUAAGUAGGCUCAUCAUUACUCAUCUUUGUGACAAUGGCUUGGGAGUUACAACAUGAGACACAUGAGAAAUAGUUUCUAGGGAGCACACCUUGAGUUAUGGAAGUAUGUGAUGUUGCAGACAUGUAGAGUGACCUGAGGCCCAGUCUUCUACACUCUAUAAUUUGCAACCAGUAUUCAGUGAAGUAUCUUUCUUGAUACGAUUUGUGCUUGAAUUUGAUGGAGUUGGUAAUGACUCACAAUGCCAAAUGCCUUUUGUUACUUACAUGUGUAAUUUAUGUCUACAAUUUUUCUUUCAGGCAUGUUUCAUAGUACUCAUAAAUUUGUUUUUGACCAUGUGUAUGGCUGACUACUUACGAUGGAGAGCAUAAAUAUAUGUGAAAGUGUGCUUUUGUCAUGGAAAAGAAUUGUUUGAGGAUUGAAUACUAUUUAUGAUUUUCAUCUUGUACAUAGCUGUAAUUUUGAUACAGUAUUUGUAAUAUAGCUUUAUUUAAAUAAAUUUUAAUUUAUGUUUUUGUGCAUAUCAAAAACUAUCUAUUGUACAUGGAUAUUGUGUCUCAUGUGAAACAUGUUUAAAAGUCACUGUAUGAAGGUUUAGCAGUGACAGCAAUGAUAACUAAACAUUGUCGUCUUUGCUGAGAACAAAUCAUGAAAAUAAUAGGAUUUCAUGUGUUACCCAGUUUAUAGCCUCUGCCCUUGUUAAUAAGGUUUUUUCCCAUGUAUAUCUCCAUGUACUCUUCAAUAAUGGGACCAAAUGAGGUGGCGCAGUAGUAAGACACUGAUCUCAUUUUGGAGAACAGCAGCUAAAACUGCUAUCCAGAUUUUGGUUUUCCAUAAUUUUUGUAAAUCACUUAACAGUUUUGCAGGCCAUGGGAAGCAUACUUAUCAGUAAUUGUAUUUCUUUACUACACACAAGGGAAUAUGUCACACCACUUCUCUACAUUCCUGGGCAAGUAGUGGUAAUCUGCUACACCAGCUGUAGUUCUUGUUUGUUAUGAAAUAUAACUUUUAGGACCAUGGGAAAUAGACAUACCAUUAAAUAACAUUGUUUUACUGGCCACUGGAAAGUAUGCUUACCACUAAAGUAGUUUCUUCAUGAGACGAGAAGUAUACUUACUAGAAACUUAAUAUUUCUUCUGUGGACUUUGAGUAGCAUACUUGUUACCAGCUUAGUCAUUUUACAAUUAUCUUGGGAAUAUGUCUUACCUAAGAUGUGCCUGAUGGUGUACAUUGCUACAACAGCCAGUUUCUGUUAAAGUCAGAACACACUGCUUCCAUUUGUCAGUACAGAUUAUUGUGACUUGUACCAGCUCAUUUCUUUAUUUUGUGAAAAGUU